AUGUCUGAAAUUGUGCGUCCACCAGAAAGCGUCUACAAUCUUCUACCAAAGGAGGAGGUUCAUGCUGAAAAACCACCAAGGUAUAUGUCCAAGUAUAGGCCACAAGUUGUCCUGGAGAAAAAGUCAACCAAAGAUGCAAUGAGAACAAUGGGACCAGCCAAAGUAGAGGUGCCCUCCCCAGACAAAUACCUCAAGAAGCAAUCAAAGGAACCCAAAUUACCCGAAAAGACACAGUGUUUGAAAGAGGCUCGUAACACCUGCACUGUGAGGAAACCAGCUGUUCCUGCGAGGACAGACAACCCCCUAAUGGGCAUUCGCACCAAGAGAGACUUUAUAAAGACAGCCACAGCCGUGCCAAUGAAGCCCCAGCCCGCCUGUGUGGACUCCAGCAAAGGACACAAGCAGCUCCUUGAGAAGUCAGGACUUCUCCCGAAGUACAUCAAGAAAAAGCAUUACGGAGAAGUACCUGAGUACCUGCAGCAGCGCAAUGAAGAAGAGCAGAGAGCUCAGGAGGAGUACGACAACUUUGUGAAAGAACAGAGGGAGCAGGGAGCCAUGAAACACCUGUCUGACGAGGAGCGACAAGACAUCCUGGAGAGGCUGAAGAAGAAUUGGGAUCAGCUGCAGCAUGAGUACCAGGGCCUCUCGCUCGUCACUGACACCAUGUCGAAGAAGUCCCGCAAGGAGCGCCUCGAGGUGGCGAUGAAGCAACUGGAGAACGACAUCAACCUCUUUGAGAGGUUCAAGACCGUCUACAUACCCAAUAACUAGGACAUAAAAACGACUCUUACUUAAUCAGAUGUAAUGUGCUGUAUGUCUUGGGACUCCCACCCUCAAUUCAAAUCACACAGGCUUCUGUAAAAGUCUUUAUUCGUAUAUUCUCAUGAUCCGUCAUCUGAGCAAUGAAACAAAAGUCUAGCACAUUAAAACAUUUCAAAUUAGAAUCAUCGACCCGACUGUUAAUAAAUAAAAAUAAAGAUCACAGGGUUGUCAAAAUCAUUCUGAAUGACCUUCUGGGAACCUUUUAAAUUCAUACCAAAUGUAUUGGCAGUCUGGUUGAUAGUUGAGAUAUUUUACUGUGACCACUAGUAGGACAAAAAUUUUUUUUGAAGUGAUGUACUCUCUGAAAUACUAUGAUGUUUUUCUGAGUGGAGCCUCUAUAUUUUAGAGCUCCAGGUAAUAACAAGCCAAUAUUCAUUUAUUUUUUCUUUCUCGUCAGCUUCCUGCCAUAAAAAUGGAACUUCUAGGAGAACUCCUUUGCAAAUAGUAGACUGAGAGUAUCUUUUAAAAUCAGUGUCACUCUGGCUUAAUAAAACUGACUGCGUAGAAACU